GCACGGCCUGCGGUGAGUGGCGGAGCGAAGGGAUCGCGGCCGCGGCUAAUCCUCGGCCCAGCGCAAGGCCCGGAGCGGGGGCGAGGCCGCGGCCUGCGCGGGGAAAGGCUGUUCCCCGGCUGAGGCAGCCCCGAAGGGCGGCGGGCGGCCUUCCCACGUAGAGGGUUGAGGGCUGGUCCCCGGCCCGCGCGGUCCCGCCGGGUUGGCCCUCUCCGGUUCCGCCACGGGGUUACUGCCCGAGCUUCGGCCCCGAACGGCCCGUGCAGCCGCCGCCGCUUCCUGCGGGCGCCCCGGCGGGCUCAGUCCCGAGGGCUGUGAUCAGCCCGAGCACUGGCAGGGCGGGGAGUGUGGGGGGGAAGGCCCAAGCGAUGGGAGAAGGAAAGCAGCGUGGGAAUAAACUGUCCGGUGAUAGAGUGGUUGUAUGCACUCGUACAUGUUUUGUCGGUGUGUUCGAUGGGGAGGUAGGUGCUGGCAAGGUGGGACUGGCGUAGGGCCUGAAAACCAGCAACAGGUUGCGUGUGUUUGGGAAGUGCAUUGAAAUCGCUGUCCAAGUUGCAGUGGCUCUGUUCCCUUGUAUUGGGUGCACCAGUGCCUGGUGUACCGCAGUGAAAGGGAAAAAAGGGUUAAGCAAAACUGUGGUUUACAAUGGAUGUGUAAAGCAACAAGGAUUAAAUGAGUUCCAAUCCCUGAAGAGAAGAGAUAAAGCACUGACUAAAGCUAACAGUUAAAGGAAGCAGAGCUGCGGAAACGUUAUUUCUGCAGAUCAUAAAGGAGUUUGCAAUGGCAAUGCUCUGGAAAUUCAUGAGAGUAGCUAAAUAUUCCAAAACAGCUUUAUCACCAAAAGUAAAUGUAAGAGGAAUUUCCACCCAUUCAAGGCAUUGUUCAUCCAAGUCUAUACCUUCAGAUUUUGCUGCCAACACACCCUGCUCAAAUACUGUGGAACUGCUCGGUAAAGCUUAUCCUCAAGAUGAUUACAGCAAUGUCACAGAGAAGAUUCUUUCCAAGGUGGGGAAGAAUUUGCACAACAAAAAGCACCACCCUUUGUGGCUAAUCAAGGAGCAGGUGAAGGACCACUUUUACAAACAAUAUAUAGGACGCCGUGGGACUCCACUCUUUUCUGUCUAUGACGGUCUUUCUCCAGUGGUUACAGUACAGCAGAAUUUUGAUAGUUUGCUUAUCCCACAAAACCAUGCCAGCAGAAGGAAAGAGGAUAACUAUUACUUGAAUCGUGAUCACAUGCUAAGAGCACAUACAUCAGCUCAUCAGUGGGACUUGAUACACUCUGGCUUAGAUGCCUUUCUGGCAGUGGGAGAUGUCUAUCGCCGUGAUACUAUCGACAACACCCACUACCCAGUCUUCCAUCAGAUGGAAGGAGUUCGACUCUUCUCCUGUCAUGAGUUGUUCUCCAACAUUAAAGAUGGUGAAGGCUUACAACUAUUCGAGCAAGGUCAUCGCACUGCACAUAAGCAAGAAUGUCACACCAUGGAGGCGGUGAGGCUGGUGGAGUUUGACCUGAAGCAAGUGCUUACAAAACUCAUGACCCACAUCUUUGGUGACGGACUGCAAGUCAGAUGGGUAGAUUGCUACUUCCCGUUUACUCACCCUUCCUUUGAGAUGGAGAUCAACUUCCAAGGAGAAUGGAUGGAGGUCCUGGGCUGCGGUGUGAUGGAGCAACAGCUAGUUAACUCAGCUGGUGCUCAGGAUAAAAUUGGCUGGGCAUUUGGCUUGGGUUUGGAGAGGCUGGCCAUGAUCCUGUAUGAAAUCCCUGACAUUCGACUGUUCUGGAGUGAGGACGAACGCUUCUUGAAACAGUUUAAUGUGCCUCACAUUUGGCAAAAAAUAAAAUUCCAGCCACUCAGCAAGUACCCACCUUUGAUCAAUGACAUCUCCUUUUGGCUGCCUUCUGAGACAUACUCUGAGAAUGAUUUCUAUGAUUUGGCUCGAACCAUCGGUGGAGACCUGAUAGAAAAGGUUGUACUGGUGGAUAAAUUUACCCAUCCAAAGACAAAGAAGGUCAGCCAUUGCUACCGCAUCAUUUACCGGCACCCGGAGAGGACUUUAACACAGGACGAGGUGCACCAUGUCCAUCGAGCUAUUGAGGAAUCAGCAGUUCGAGAACUUGGGGUUGAGGGCAGGUUCUAGAGGCACUGGUCCAAAGCCCUCAUGACAGUUGCUUUUUGCAUUUUGAGGAGGGGUUUUCCCCUCUUCUUUUUUUUUUUUUUCUCCAUUUUGGGGUUGGAGGGUAAAAGUAAAGAGAAGGGGUUUUCUGACCAAACCUAGCAUAUGGAAAACAACUGAUGACUGGGCAAUGGUAAAA